GUGGGGCGGUGGGGCAGGUGGUGGCUUUCCCUGAAGGGUGGAGGUGGGGUCUGGGGAGCCACAGAAGGAAGCUAAGUCUACUUUGGGGGCGGGAGUCGACUUUUUAACGAUUCAGAUUGACUGGAGGCGCGGAAGACAUACAUUUGGAAGUAAGUUGACUUCAGAUGUUUAAGAAUAAUAUUGCUGACCAGCAGUUCAAUCUGAAAACCCUAAUUAAAAAUGUGGAAAAAAUGUCUUUGGAUCUGAAGAAGAUGGAUGAGCUCACCAAGUUACUUCUGUGUGAUCUUAUUUUGCAUUUUAGUCACCCUGUGAAGACAGAAGUUAUAGAAAAAGUAGAAGAAAACAACAUUGUUUCUGAAGAGUUUAAAAUGUCAGAUCAAUUAGAGUUAGUCUCUACUUUGAGCAAUGAUGUCUGAUAUGUUAAAAGGCCAGAAUUUUCCAUUUGUUUCCA